AUAACAUCGUUGCUGUGGCCUUGCUUCACUUCUCUCGUGAUUCAGUUGAUCGUCAAUUUACCAAAAUCAUCAUAACCUCAGCCAAUCCUUAUUUGUUCAAGACUUCCCGCCCAGAGCGAUAGGAUCAGUCGCGUCCCACAUUGAACCCACCGCGGAACCACAAAGCAGCGCCCUCACCACUACCUGACCGAUACGACGUCAAUCCAACCACGCUUCAACCACGAAACAUGUUCGCUGCACUCCCACCCAUCCAGCAACCAUUCGCACUCCCCGGUUCAAAUCUACCAUCACCGCAUUACAUCUCCAGUCCUCCUCCUUCUCACCCGUACUCCCCCCAGCGGCCAUCGCCGCUCUCACCUCGCCGCCACCGACCGUUCCCGGAGAUGAUGACCGACAAUACCAAUCCAACCAACAGCAGCAACAACAGCAGCUUCAACUUCUUCGCCCCCCAAACCACCAUCAACAACACCACAAACCCAUUCGCCCCACCCCCAUCCUCACAUACAGCAGCAUCCCAAUCCUCCCGCUCCAAAUCCUCUCCCACCUACGCCCAGCGCUACACCUCAACCGUCUCCAACCCCCUAAGCAACAUCCUCCCACGCUCACACACAACCUCCGCAACGCAAUCCGCGCGCAAUGCCCGCCGCAGCGCAUUUCUCAACCGCGUCAAGCGCGACCGCGACGACGGGCGGUUCGAGAACAGAGGCGAGCAGAUCGUGCUGAUGGAGCAUGCUGCGGAGGAGAAGAAGUGGGGGGAGGCGAUGCGGAGGAGGGCGGAGAGGCUGUUUGGGGAGGGUGUCCAGGAGGAGGAGAUUGGGUCUGAGGAUGAGAAUGAAGCAAAUGCGCUGGACGAAUAUAUCCUUCAACAAGAGGAAGAAGCCAUGCAGAUGCAGAUGCAGGCACAACACCAAGAGCAAAUGCAAAUGCAAAUGCAAAUGCAAAUGCAGAACCAACAGCAUACCCCCAACAACCGGACAUCCUCAUUCAGCGACGACGAAUACGACGAUAUCUUCACCGAUCUGGCAGACCACAGUCAGGAUAUGGAUAUGUCUGGGUGAUUGAUAUCUUCAUUCCAACCCCGGAGGGGACGGGUGAUACAUGAUAGAGUUGUUUCAUGGCUACUGUUAUAGAUACUGUUUGUGUGCGUUUGGUGUAUGGUGUUGGGUUUGUGUCGGUUUAGCUGGGUUGUUUUUGUUUGAAUGUUGUUGCUUUGGGGAUUUAUAUGGGCUUGGGUCAGUUUUGAGGCUCAGGAUCUAGUCUUAU